UUUGUAAAUUGAUUAUGUUUUUGGCGCUGCUCCUGUGUCUGAUCCAGAGUCGUUAGGCUCGCUUGAGAUAGACAAGUUCUGCAUGCUGGUUAGGAAUGCUGUGCUAAAAUACUCUACAGCAUUUACCAGCAAAAUUAAAUCAUGAUGAGAAAUGACUGUCAGCUCAAUCAAACACGCGCUCGACUCGCACCUGUUCUGUGCGUCUUUGGAUCGUGAGGGAAAAUCUUAGUCUUACCUUCUGAAUCUUGUCCUAAAUGCUUCCGCUGUGUCUGGUGCUUGUGAUCGGAUCACCUGAGAUGGAUAUUAGUGCCAGCCGAGGGUGGCUCCCUGAGAGCCGGCUGAUGUCUGCGCUUCUCUUCUCUGCAGUCGACAGCAUGGGCCGGAUGGUCCUCGCAGGAGGCGCCGCCGUCGGACUCGGAGCGCUGUGUUAUUACGGCUUGGGGAUGUCCAAUGAGAUGGGAGCCAUCGAGAAAGCAGUGAUCUGGCCGCAGUACGUGAAGGACAGGAUUCACUCCACAUACAUGUAUUUCGCGGGCAGCGUGGGUCUGACGGCGCUCUCGGCCCUCGCGGUCAGCAGAACGCCGGCGCUCAUGGGACUCAUGAUGAGGGGCUCCUGGCUGGCUAUUGGCGCCACGUUCGCUGCUAUGAUCGGUGCCGGGAUGCUGGUGAGGUCGAUCUCGUACGAACACAGUCCGAUGCCGAAACACCUGGCCUGGGCUCUACACGCAGGUGUGAUGGGAGCUGUUAUCGCUCCGUUGACUCUGCUGGGCGGCCCGCUGAUGGUGCGAGCGGCUUGGUACACCGCAGGAAUCGUGGGCGGUCUGUCGACGGUGGCCAUGUGUGCGCCGAGCGAGAAGUUCCUGAGCUUGGGCGGCCCGCUGGCCGUGGGCUUCGGCGUGGUGUUCGCCUCGUCUCUGGGCUCCAUGUUUCUGCCCCCCACCUCAGCAUUCGGGGCCGGCCUGUACUCGGUGGCGGUUUAUGGAGGUCUGGUCCUGUUUAGCAUGUUUCUGCUGUAUGACACACAGAAAGUCAUGAAGCGUGCCGAGACGCACCCUCUUUACGGCGUUCAGAAAUAUGACCCCAUUAAUGCAUGUAUGGGCAUCUACAUGGACACGCUCAACAUCUUCAUGCGGCUGGUCAUGAUUCUAGCCAACGGCGGCGGAAACAGAAGGAAGUAGCCACAAGGAGACAAGAAGACAUGACACUGAUUGGAGGAGAAAGAUUUAGCUGAUUAUUUAUUUUGCAUUUAUUUGUUUAAAAGCAGAAAAAACCAUUGGAUUGCUUUCAGCUGAAUUGCAUCUUAAACAUGUCAGUCAGUACAAGGUAAUUGGCGUAGUUAAUGAGGGUGAAUGCAGAUCGUCUUACUUCCACAGCUGGUGUAAUUAAAACAAACAUUUUUCGGAUCACAACAGACUUGUUAACGCAGUUAUUGCACAGAAAACACUUGUCACUGUGAUUGCUCUGUUCUUGCAGUUUGGGGUUCAUGGUUCAAUAAACUUUAGUUGUAUCUCAAACUACAUGUUUACCGUUUAUUGCUUUAGAACAGACAUUAAGCACCAUUUUAAUGGUAUUUUAACAUCUUUGGUACCGUUAAAGCUGAAGACACUAAACUUUAGAGCAGACGGUGAUGAAUCCUCCUCAAGACAGACUUAAAUUCAGAUGUGCUUUCAAAAACUCUGUUGUCUUGCCGUUUCGUUGUUUUCUUUGAGCGUUUAGUUGAAUUCAGUCUGAUGAUUUUACAUGAUUUCGAUUUUUAUUUUUAUUUUUUUUUUCCAUUCAUUUCCAUGAAGUCUGUGUUCUGAGAGCAUCUGGCCAUCGGCACACAUUCAUGUUUUAUUUGUGCUCUGACCAGUGGCAGAUGACAGUGAGAUUAGUGAUUAAUCCUCGUGUCUCCAUCUGUAUUCUGAUGCUGAUUAAUCCAGAGACGAGGCCACUGGCAGCUGAUGGGAACAUCAGCGCUGCUGCAGGUGCCACUUACUUUAAAGACUCAAGAAGUAUUCUGUAUUGGUGUCUUUGACCCUCUGAAGCACUUAAACCGCAUUAAUGAGAAGUGUGUGUUUGUGAUCACGUAGUCGCUCUGACAGCUGUGAACCAGCAGAGGGAGCAUCACACACUCGGAGGAGAAACACUGCUUUCACUGCUGGACUCAAUCACAGACUGAACAGAAUAGAUUUUUUCCCAGUAAAGUGCACUAUGUAACAAAUGUUACACUUAAACACAUAUGAGGGAAGAUGCAAACAAAGUAGCUGUAUUUUUAAAAAUAAUGACCAAGCCUUCGUUACUGAAACCAUCUGAAAGCUUAGAGAUCCUGAAGUUACUCAGUCAUAAUUACAAUCUGAAAGGUUCUUCGUUUGCCAGAUCCAAGUCUUCGGCCCAUCAUUAUGAUGACUCUGGAAGCAGUAAAACCAUCAUUAUAUAUUUUAAUACAGAUUGUUACAACUCUAAAUUCUGAUUGGAUGAGUCAUAUGAAGUCUGAUGCAUUAAUAUUAAUAAGACUAAGUAUUUGUUGUUUGAGAAUUGUGAACAGCCACAGCUAAUAAACCAUAAUACUCAAUGGAACAAUAAUUUAUUUAUUCCUAAUAAUAAUGUUUAUAUUGAGAUGUAUGUCUGUUAUU